UUUUCAACAUGAUCAGCACAACUUUUUGUGUUUGGACUUCUGACCUGGUUGCUUUUUGUUCCUUCAAGUACGUGAUUGUUCGAUAAUUAGAAAAGCGCUUUAAAAGCAUAGUCACAUUAACAUUUACACUUCAAAAUUCCAUGGGGAAGAUUGUGUGGGCGGAUGUAGACUGUUAAACCAGAAAAAAUAAGAUUGUCAAGCAGCCUCUUUUUAAUGUUGCACUUUAUACUUUAUGAUUCUUAAGUUAAGAAGAAGCUCAACACUAAAAUGAUAUCCUUGUCCAUUGUGAAUAUUCAGUGUCAGGUUAUUUUAUUGAUCAUUUGCACAGCUUACACAGGGUACACUGGUCAUUGAAAUGCUUGGGACAAGGCUCAGGUCACAGAAACAAAGACAGUGCAGGACAAUUUAACAUACAGGUAAACAGCACAGACAUAGAAGUAAAUAUAGGGAAUGCAGAUGCAGAGAGGCAUUCGUAAAAAAAGACAGUAAUGGGUCAGGAGUAGGGGUGGGAUCCCAAUUUUAAACAAUGACCAUAGAUAAGUAAGAGUGUGGAUUAAUUGUCAUUGCAGUGCAAACAUUAGUGUAGUGCAAAAGCAAGAACAGAUUGAUACAGUGUACCUGUGUAUGAAGCACCGCCCACACAGAGGUCACUGCCAAACCAAGCAACUUCCCAUUGGUGAGCAUGGCAAAUAUGCCUGUCAAAGUUCACUAAACUUGAACUCCACGCGAAUCCGAUAGGGGAAAUUCUUUGCCACCGGAAGUCCAUUGAGGGAAAUUCAUGAUCGCGUAGAUUCCCAUUAAGUGACUGUAAUAUUGCUGUGCGAAGGUAUGUGUGACCGUGCCUUAAGUUGGAGUAUGAUGACAUGACUGAAUGCAUCCCCAAUGCUAGAACCUGUGUCCGGCCGUAGUCAUCGGUACAAGCAGCUGUAGCUACAGGCAGUCCAGGCUACAGUAAAAUAAUUACUCAAAUUCGACUCGACUAAUGGGCUCAACUCUUUUAAAUUUGUUUAAAAAUCAGUAGCCGUGCAACCCCUAGUGGACUAUACUCCUAUCUGUUUCUCUUUGUGCUUCGUAAAUGCUGAUUUAUCUUUUAUCACUCACUGAAGUUGUUGUGGAGGCAGUCUAGUGCAGGUGUGGAGGUGGAUCUUGCAGACUCACUGAUGAAGAAUUACUAAAUUUUUAAAGGGAUAAUUCACCCAACAAUGAAAAUUUUGUCAUUAUUUACUUGUAUAAUGGCAGUGAAUAGUGACUUCGGGCUGUCAAGCUUGAAAAAGGACAAAAAACACCAUAAAACUCAAUGUAAAAGUAAUCUAUACAACUCUUUAGCGAUAUUAGGGUGAUUAAAUAAUGAUGGAAUUUUCGUUUUUGAGUGAACUAUUCCUUCAAGUGUAGCAACACCCUCUUCUUCAGGGUUUCCUUGCAUAUUGUUGCUAGCUGAACCUGUUAUGACACAGCAGAUUCCCCUGAGAAUUGAAGUACGGUAAUGUUCUCUUCGCAUGUUUGCUUGUGAAAUAUAUCUGUUGUUAUUUUUGUUGUGGUUUUUAAUUGCAUUUAUUUAUUUAUUUAUUUAUUUUUAUUAUUUUUUAUUUUUUUAUUUAUUUAAUCCACAAUGGCAUUUCUAUCACAAUCUUAAGAACCCCCUGCAGUGGAGGCCUGGGUAGCUCAGCAAAUAAAGACGCUGACUACCAAACCUGGAGUUGCAAGUUCAAAUCCAGGGCGUGUGGUGUGAAUCCAGUAAGGCUUCCUAAGCAACCAAUUGGCCCGGUUGCUAAGGUGGGUAGAGUCAUGUUGGGUUAACCUCCUCGUGGUCGCUAUAAUGUGGUUCUUGUUCUCAGUGGGGUGCGUGGUGAGUUGUGUGUGGAUGCCGCAGAGAAUAGCGUGAAGCCUCCACAUGUGCUAGGUCUCCGUGGUAACGCGCUCAACAAACCAUGUGAUAAGAUGCGCAGAUUGAAUGUCUCAGACACGGAGGCAACUGAGAUUCAUCCUCCGCCACCCAGAUUGAGAGUCUUCAAGAAGUCUAGCCCCAACUGCAAGCUCACAGUAUACUUGGGGAAGAGGGACUUUGUGGAUCAUCUAGAUCACGUGGACCCUGUAGAUGGAGUGCUCUUGAUUGACCCAGAAUACCUUAAAGACAGAAAAGUGUUUGUGACCCUGACGUGUGCCUUCCGUUAUGGCCGUGAGGACCUGGACGUUCUGGGACUGUCUUUCAGGAAGGAUCUCUUCAUUUCCAGUUUCCAGGCAUAUCCCGUUCAGCCUGAGGAACGCAAACCGCUCAGUCGUCUACAGGAGAGACUGCUCAAGAAGCUCGGCCAGAACGCAUACCCUUUCAACUUCACGAUCCCUCAGAACCUUCCCUGCUCAGUCACUCUACAGCCUGGCCCAGAGGACACAGGAAAGGCAUGUGGUGUAGACUUUGAGGUCAGGGCAUUCUGUGCCAAAACUGUGGAUGAGAAGACUCACAAGCGGAAUUCUGUGCGGUUGGUGAUCCGUAAGGUGCAAUAUGCUCCAGAGAAGCCUGGUCCUCAGCCAAUGGUGGAGACCACACGCAGCUUCCUUAUGUCUGAUCGUUCCCUUCACCUCGAGGCCUCGCUAGAUAAAGAGCUCUAUUACCAUGGUGAACCUAUCAGUGUCAACGUCCAUGUCACCAACAACUCCACCAAAACAGUCAAACGAGUUAAAAUCUCAGUGCGACAGUAUGCCGAUAUCUGUUUGUUCAGCACCGCACAGUACAAAUGUCCUGUGGCUCAGGUAGAGGCUGAUGACCAGGUAUCACCCAGCUCCACAUUCUGUAAGGUGUAUACACUCACCCCCACGCUGAGCAAUAACAGAGAGAAGAGGGGUCUGGCCCUGGAUGGACAGCUAAAACAUGAAGAUACCAACCUGGCCUCCAGUACCAUAGUGAAAGAUGUGUCCAAUAAAGAGGUGCUGGGAAUCUUGGUGUCCUACAGAGUCAAAGUCAAGCUAGUGGUGUCACGUGGAGGUGAUGUGUCUGUGGAGCUGCCUUUCGUUUUGAUGCACCCUAAGCCUUCUGAACAGCCCAACUCAAGACCGCAGUCAGCUGUUCCAGAGACGGAUGUACCUGUGGAUGCCAACCUCAUAGAGUUUGAAACAAAUAAUUUCUCACAGGAUGAUGACUUUGUGUUUGAGGACUUUGCGAGGCUCAGGCUGAAGGGAAUGAAAGAUGAAGAGGAUGACCACUUCUGCUAACGCCUCCCCCCUCCACAUAGAUGACACCACAUCUGAAGGAAGGGGAACAGGGGUGGAAUGUCAACCUGCCAGUACUUUCAUACCUCUGCUCCACUGGGCCCAUCUGAUAUUGUGGAGCACUUACUGAUAUUUUCAAAGCCUCCUUUCUUUCGUUCUUUUUCUUUCUUUCUUUCCCUCUGUUCUCUUUCGUUUGGCUCCCUUCCUCACCAUUUUGUCAUCUGUGAUGUGGUCCUUGUAUUGACCUUGGUUUCUAUGGUCAUAUGAGCCACUUCACUCUGGUGCUUAUAUGUUGGACAGAAAGAUAUUUAGGGAGAAGAAAACAGUGAUGAACUGGGUCAUCUAGACAUCAAUGUAUAAUAUUGUUGGUGGGCAAAGGGUCCAUUGAUUCAGGAGUGACUUUUGUUUUCUUUUUUCUUUCUUUUCUCUUGUCAUCAAAUUCCCACUUAUAUAUCAAGUGGGCAUUAAUAGCUAUAUAACGAUGACAUACUGUAUGUUCCAUGUUAUUACAUUGUACAGUACAUACACUGUUCAUAGACACCAAAGGGAAGUUGAGUUUGGUGUUAUUCCACUUUCCUAGGCCCGUAAUCCAAUCCAUCCAUACCUGCUCGCAGCUUUUAUGUUAUAGCUAUGUAAAAUGUAUACACAUCAUAAAAAUAUGUAGUAACACUUUUCUGUGCACUUGUUGUGCACGCAAUACUCAAACAAUUAAGGAUGUGGCAUUUUAGUGAAAGAGUAGUUGGCAAAGCGCAUUGGGACACAAGCAUCUGAUUUAUAAUGUAAAUUUUAACAUUUAUUCCACAUGUUGAGUUGUAGAAUAUGUACACACUGCUACAGGUCUUCAGUGCGAAAUUAGCUUGUAGCUAACUCAAGAGGCCGGGGACAGACUUUGAGAAUUUCAGAUGCCUGAAAUAUUUGUAUGUGCUACGUAAGAAUGAAUUCCUCAUUAUUUGUGCCUGCCAAACUUUAUUUGACAAAAUGUGAUGAUUUAUAAAGUUGCUUGUAAGUUAAGCUCAGUUUAUUUGAAAAUGACAUGCUCAUUCCAUGUUUUAGUUCACAGGAACUGAUAAUGUAACCAUUGGACUGCCAGAAAUAUUUUGAUGAUGGUUAUUUUAAAUCUCAGUUGUAGCAUGAUUUUCAGGAAAUUUACUUUUAGUCAUUCUCCCAGGAUCAAGCUUUUCCUUUUGACCUUCUGCAUAGUUUACUACUGAACAAUGGCAAAUUUACUUAUGUUACAACCUGUACAUGGAAGUAACAUUUUGUAAUGAACAAAAUGGAGCUCCCAUUGAUGGACAAAAAGAUAUCUUUAAAAUAAACGUUUGCUUUGUUUAAAGCACCCGUACAACCAUGGAGCAUACUUGCCAGUGAGCAUACUUACAUUAGAUUUCAACUUUGUUGUGCCCUCUAGUUAUUCCUGUUUUUCUGUUUUGUCUGCUAAACCACAGAUGCCAGCACAAGGAAUCUGAGAUAAUUUAAAAUGAUUUCAGGGAUAUUUUAAAUGAAAUCUAUUUCAGCAGAGAUGACUCUUAAUAUCCUUACAGCCCUAUAGAACGUCACAUGGCUUUGCAGGAGAUCCUAACACUACACAUUUUGGAUGUCUCCCUUAUUUGACAUAAUUCAGAUCAAGGAGCAUUCUACUAAUGAGAUAAUCAGUAGAAGAUGUGUUGGAUAAUGGAGACAUCCAAAAUGUGUAGUGUUAGUGGUACUUCAGGAAAGGAUUGAUAAACACUGGAGUAGAGGAUUGAUAGAUCAAAGGCAGCUGAUAAGUUUAUAUGAAGUUCCUACUCAUUUUCAUUCUGUUACUAUCACAAAACCUGACAAGACGUUUACAUCUUAUUUUAAAUUCAAAGUAUUUUUGUGAACGCUUGAAAAAGCUUGAUCAACUAGCCAGAAAUUUCCUACUGAAAUCUUACACUGUAUAUAUUAUAAUGGUCUAUGGAAUUUGUACACACAUUACUGUCAGAAGAUACCCAUGUCCAGUAAAAUCAGCUGUGAAAUCUGGGUCACAAGGAGGAUGUUUAGGUGGUGGUUUUGAUUUCGGACUGGUUUCCUCUGCAGCCCAGCAGCUGAUUGAUUGAUUCAUUCAGUCUGGCUCUGUCCAGAAAACAGGGAGUGAUUAGCAUAAAGUGCUGAGUGAUACUCAAAAUGUAAUGCAGACAAGCAUACAUUUUAUAGAGGAAGCCUCUUUUCAAGGACUAAUAUGAAGACCCGAAAAUGCUGUGAUCUCCGAUUUAGUAUUUUGUCAUAUACUGUAUGACUUAGCAAACCGCAUUACGAAACUAGUUUUAAAAAAGUUGUCCCAAUACAUCCCUGUGUUCAAUGAUGUAAGGCUUUAUAUUUGAUAAGACUGGCACAUUGUGGAAACAAUCAAGUUGUGUAGAACUUGGCUUAACACUGAUCUGAAAUCACUCUGGCAUGCGCAAUUUCAAAAAUAAGUUAUACAGAGGAAUGUAUCAGGAAUAUUUGCACACUAGAGAGUAAUGCAAGUUCUAAACCAACUCCAAUAGAUCACUUGUUGCAUAGAUCAACAUGAUCAUACAGUGAGACCGUUUGAUGUAUUGAAUUCUAUAUAAGUAUUUUUAUUGUCUUUGCUCUAUUAACAAUGUAAUGCCUUAUUUGACACAUGUUGAUACAUGGCAAUCUCCCAUGUCUCCAUUAGCUGGAUUAAAGCUGUGCAUGCAUUCUAGAGGAGCCUGUAGGCUUUGAGAAUGCUUUACUAUUGUAAUAGCGUGACCAUCUUAAUGAAAAUUUUUGCUUUGGUGAUCUGGAUGGAGCCUGUUAUGUCUAAGUAUAAAAAGACAAGUAUAAUUAUUUGCAGAUUUAUUUGCGUCUAAGGAGACCACACACUUUAAUGUUGGUUUAUUGCUUAUCAAGGACCAUGUCAGACUGUCUUUUUUAAAAGGAGGAUGUUAAAGCUAGUUCUCACUAUUAAAACUGAUAUUAAGCAAAUAAACAAACAUGCUUUCUGGUAAAUUAAUAAAUUCACUAUAAAGUAAGAUUUAAAAGAUGUAUAAAUGAAUUCCAAUAUACUGUUUAAGCAGUGUUAUUUUAGCCGAUAGAAAGUAAUUAAAAUUCAAAGAAAAACGUUUUUGAAAACCACAAAAAUAUUUGAAAUACAUGCUGCCUCUUUAUUUUGUAUUGCAUUUAGAACACGGGGUAUAAGAAAAAAAAAAAGUUUACUUUGGUCUAAUAAGUGUGUGUGUGCGUGCGUGCAUGUACAUUAUUAGCAGGUACAUUAUUACAGUUAUUCUCCUAAAAGCCCCUCAAACAAACUUAUAUUCUAGAUGUAGUAUUGCAGUAAAUGUGUUCGGAUUUUGAUGCACUCCACAAUUUUUUUUAUUUUUUUUGGAAGAACAAGACAUACAAACAAAGGACGUCCAUAUCAAAAUACAUAUGAAAUAAGGGUUACAGUUUGUAUUAAAAUAAAUAAAAAUCUAAAUAAAAAAAUACACAAUGUAA